GAUUUUCACAUACAACUCUCUAUGGAGGCAUCGCGUCUAAUAAAAGAGAGUUGGUGGCUUACUGAUGGGAAGAGGUCAUUUGGAGAACUAGACUCUGCUGUUGGUUAUGCUUUGCUUGAUCCAACAUGGGCUGCCCAAGACAAUACCUCAACAGCCAUUGGUAACAUUGUGGCCCUGCUUCACUCUUUCUUUAGUAAUCUUCCACAAGAAUGGCUAGAAGGAACACACCUUAUCAUAAAGCAUCUCAGGCCAGUUACAUCAGUUGCAGUGUUGAGAAUAGUAUUCCGUAUUAUGGGUCCGUUGCUUCCACGAUUGGCCAAUGCACAUGCUCUUUUCAAUAAGGUCAGAAAAUUACUGAUUCAUUUCUAGUUUAAUUCUUUGAAU